UAAGCACUUUAGUCGACAACUAUGGUCGGUCACAAGCAGCAGCGCGACACAGGCAGGUUGGCCUCCUCGCUGGGGUCGGCGCUCGUCCUACUCGCAUCCAUUGUUGUUGUGUUCGCAGCAUUCAGAAAUUCACUCACAUGGCACCUUCAACGCUUUUGGGGAGCAUCAGGUGAUUUUUGGCAGUCAAACUGGGAAUGGGCGCUGGACUCGUAUGGUCAAGAUGAAGAGAAGUUUUACGUCUUUGGUUUGACCUUGCUGACCAUGACCGUUUUCUGGGGCAUCGGAUCCAUUUACAUUUUCAUGGACCUCACCAACUGGCCCAAGUUCAUGCGCAAGUACAAAAUUCAGCCAGGCACUAACGAGCCCUUGGACAAGUCAAAGUUAAUUCAAGGUGCGCUGCAGGGUGUAUUCAACCAAAUCGUGGUUGGUCUCCCCGUCGCCAUGCUUGCCUACAAACUGAUGCAAUGGCGAGGAAUGCCGCCCACUCGCGAGUUGCCCACUUUCCAAAGGGUGCUCUUUGAGCUGCCGAUUUUCAUCUUAAUCGAAGAAUUUGGCUUUUACUACAGCCACAGACUGUUGCAUCACAAGUCGAUUUACAAGUACAUCCACAAAAAGCACCACGAAUGGACCGCCCCAGUGUCCGUGAUGGCCAUUUACUGCCACCCAGUGGAGCAUUUCUUUUCAAACAUGUUCCCCAUUCUGCUGGGACCCUUCCUGUUGGGUUCGCACAUGGCCACUGGCAUCCUGUGGUUCAUUUUGGCCAUCAUCACCACCCUGAACGACCACAGUGGCUACCACAUGCCGUUUGCUUUCUCCUCUGAAUUCCACGACUUCCACCACUUGAAAUUCAACCAAUGCUUUGGAGUGCUCGGCCUGCUGGACAGGCUGCACGGCACAGACGCUGUUUUCAGGAAGAAUAUGGCCUUCAAGCGGCACAUGGUGGUCACUAGUUUUAAAUCCGCCAGGGAACUCUACCCUGACGAGCUCAAAAAGUCAAAAUAGUUUAUUAAGACUUAAUUUUCUUUUGAUAUUAUUUUUUUAUCAUAAUAACAGGUAUUUCAUGAAGUUGCAAAACAUGAAAAGGCUGAGGAGCUAAUAAGGUUCUUUGUUUCUAGGAAAAAAUUUGCAUUUUCAAAAAUCACUUGGUUGUUUACCACUCA